AUUUGUAUUACAUUUAAAUUCAUCGGCUCCCUUAAAUAUAAAUUUCUCACAAAUUGUGGCACGUAAAAUAUAUUUUAAUCAAACGGCUAAUUUAUUGCGAGCCGUUAAAAUCGACCAACGUUCUGUGGUCUUGACUUGUGCUCUACGAGGCCAAUAUGAUAUUUUUGUGCAAGCACGCCAUAGAGGUUCUGUAAAAAUAGAGGCUACAGCUUUACAUCCACAGGCCAACUGGCCACUAUUGAAUCGUACUCAUCGCAUUAGUAUUCGCAGUCAAAAUCGUGUGCGAAAACGACAAAUGAUUGUUAAAUGGGAUAAAAGUAAAUUUGAUUUUCAUGCCGUCAAUUAUUGUUUGGUAGUCAGUACGAAAAAUGCUCAUUUGGAUUUUUGUCAAGCGGUUGAGGAGUAUCUAACCUCAAUGUCUUCACCCUUUACAAAUCGCCGUAGUUUAACAGCAAAUUGUCAGCCGGCUGCUACAAUAGAGACGAUAUUUUCUAGACCUCCGGAAAGGGCUAAAAAGAUUG